UGAUCCUAUAAAACGCGGGUACACUCUCUACAGCUACACUCCACUCAGUCCACAACCUUCAUCCCUAAACCCUAACCUUCUUCAUCUCUCUUUGACAAAGCUAAGCUAAGCAGCAAUGUCAGAUAAUGAGAAGAGAUGGGGAUAUUUACCUGAUGAGAUUCUUACCCAUAUUUUCCAUUGCCUACCUAUCAAAUCCAUCAUUGUCUGUACCUCUGUCUCAAAAACAUGGAAAUCCCUAAUAAAAAACCCAACUUUCAUUUCAACCCAUCUCCACCAUUCCCACAAAAACCUCCUUCUCUUCAGGCAUCCCACAAAACCAUUUGAAAUGUUUGGUAUUAUACCCACAGGUGACAGAGAAGUGUGUACAUUGCACAAUGAUGAUGAUGAUGAUGAUUUCACUGAAAAACAACAACAACACACAAGGUUAGAUUUCCCUUUCCACGGUCCAGACCUUGAGUCCCGUUGCUCAGUAUUCCGUGUGGUCGGUACUUGUGACGGUUUGCUCUGCCUUUCCGAUGAUUUAUUCACAUACACUGACAUAUUUUAUCUGUGGAACCCUUGUGUUAGAAAGAUUCUCCGACUUCCUUAUCCUAAUGUCACCUUUUCCACACAUGGUGGGUUCGACGCUUCUCUUGGUUUUGGAUUUGAUCCCAAAACUAAUGACUAUAAAGUGGUCAGGGUUGUCACCUUAGUGGAUACACUUGACCUUCGAAAGGAUCGACCCAAGGUUGAGGUUUAUUCACUCUCCACUGAUAAAUGGAGAAUGGUUAAGCCUAGCCUGGUUCCCAGAUGUGUUCUUGAUGGUCGUGCACCACAGGCAUUUGUCAAUGGGGCUCUUCAUUGGCGUGUUUUCACCGGGCUGAUGAUGGCUCAUUUCAUCAUUUUGUUUUGGUGUUUGAUUUGGGGGAUGAGGUCUUCCGCAAAAUGCUGCUGCCAGAACUUCCAGCUUAUACCCGUGAAAGAAUGCGGCUUUACUCUCCUAUUUCCACAUAUGGGAACUCCGUUGCCUUCUUUCACCAGGACUAUAAUAGUCACUGUCUCGAUAUAUGGGUGAUGAAACAGUAUGGUGUUGUUUCCUUGUGGACCAAAGCUUUAAGUUUAACUAUGACUAGUCAAGGUGGCUUCCUUUCAAGAGACUAUAUACGGAGGGCAGUAGGUGUUUCACAAGGAGUGGCAAGAUUGUGUUGGAAAUGGGUGGAGGGCACCUCGUGUCGCAGGAUCUUGAGUCCAAAGAGAUUAAGGAUCUUGGGAUUAUUGGAUAUAAGUAUAAUUUUGUCGAUGCUUACGUUGAGAGUCUCAUUUUGCUCGACAAAGCUGCCAAUGGUGUGGUUACAUACUAACAAAAAUAGUUUUAGGCCGGUUGCUGUUGUUGUAUGCAUCAUGGUACCUGCAAAUGAGAGUUCUGGAUGUGAGCCCCACUUCAAUUGGAUAAGGGUGUUUUCGUCAUGGAUGACCUGAUUUUUGUGAAGCCAGAUUAUCUAUAGGGUGGUGAAAUCACUUGCAAGAAGGCCGCAUGCACCUUGUUAACCAGUGUUUUACUGAAGUCUGUCCUAACUCUGAUUUUCUAAGGGACAAAUCUGAUCCCAACUAGACAGCCCUUGCCAAGGGACCAGCUAGAAAUAUGUGAGAUGUGGUUUCAUUCUCCUCUUGGCAGAAUACCUCUAUGUUUGAGAUUCAUUCUGACUGGCAGGCUGUCAUGAAUUUUUUUCCAAAUGAAGGUAAGGAUUUUCACUGGCAGUUUACUUUCCAGAUGCUGGACUAUAUCUCAUUGAGUGUCUCAUUGACCCUGGCGUCAUUUGGGUCAUUAUGCCUAUUAACUAGAUGGAGCAGGUAGUAGGUUUUUUUGACCUAGUAUUCACCCGAGCUGGAGUGAUGCCAAACAAGCCUAUUUUGGCCUCCAUCAAUUUUGGGGAGGGAGUAAGAUAGGAUUGUGUAACGUAGGGAUGGGUGGUAUAACUUCCUAACUAGGUUACUAGAUUUGUUUGCAAGUUCUGGUUGAUUUAUUGAUUGGGUCAGCCACAGUUUUGUGGACAUGCUGAUGAACAAAGCAAUCGAUGAGAUUUGUCAUAUUUUUUGUUGUUUGGAAGAGAUUGUUGUUCAAUUUUUGAUGUUUGCAUAAAUUUUUCUUGUUAUGGAGGAUGCUAACUUUUGCAUCUAGUUUCUUUUACUUUCCCUCAGUUAGGUUGUUUCUUAACUGU